AAAAGGAAAAAGGGAAUGCUGAAGAAGAUUGAGGAACUCAGCACCCUUUGUGGAAUUGAUGCAUGUGCUAUAGUUUAUGGUCCCGAUGAUCAUGAACCAGAGGUUUGGCCAUCCCAUUGUGAGGUCCAAAAGGUGGUGGGAAGGUUCAGGAACAUGCCUGCAGUGGAGAAAAUCAAGAAGAUGGUGAACCAGGAGAGCUUCAUAGGACAAAGGAUCCAAAAGGGUAACCAACAAUUAAUGAAACUUAUGAAGGACAAUGCGGAGAAGGAGUUGAGCUUGUUCAUGUUUCAAUGCCUUACUGGUAGGGUUUUGCCAGAUGAAAAUAACAUGACCUUGGCUGAUUUGAAUCUCCUUUCAUCAGUGAUUGAACAAAACCUUAAAGACAUUGAUAAAAGGUUGCAAACGCUGAAUGUUAAUCAGAUACAACCGAAUCAACAACCCGAGAUGCAAACAUCAUUAUUCCAAUCACAGUUGAAAACAGCAUCGUAUCAACCGCAUUUGCAAAUGGCACUUAUGAGCUCUGGACAUGGGUUGGAUAUGGAUGUCAAUCCCAUGCAAAGGUUGUUAUUUAUGAACUUGCUUAAUGGUAAUAGAGACGAGACAAUAAUGCCUCCAUUUGGUGAUCCUAAUCUCUAG